AUGACAUUUUUAAGCUCUACUCUAACACCAGAUUCGGUCAACAAAGUGCAUGAUGCAAUCAUAUGCCUGGCCAAGUUCAGUGAAUCUGUGUAUAUCGAAGCGCAUCGUCAUGAACUGAUACUAUCUACAAUAAACACUUCCAAAUCUGCCCAUGCCUCUUUCGUCUUGAAUGGCGGGAGGUUCUUUACUCGCUAUCGCUAUUCGCCAGGGAUUUCGAGGGGCAGGCCUGCAACCGAUGCAGACGAGCGGCCAUUCGCAUGCCGGAUCUACAACAAAGCGCUCCUUUCUGUAUUCAAAGGGCGGAUCAGUGACCCAAAAGAGAAAGAUACUGCCGUUGAGAAAUGUGAGAUAGCACUUGAGGACCGCCCGGACAAGGCGGAAUGCAGGCUUGUGAUUCGCAUGAUAUGCAUGCAUGGGGUGGUGAAAACAUACAAGUUGACAUACGAGCCAGCUGAGGCUAUGCAUGCCUUGUUCGACGACAAUGCAGUGGUCAACCGGUGGCAGAUCCAAUCACGCCUCCUGAGGGAGUUCAUUGAUUACUUCGGUCCAAAGACUGAGCAACUGGACAUGUAUAAAGAGAAUGGUCGAGUCACGUUUACCAGUUAUACUGAAAAAAUAACGGAUGGAAAAGAGAUUCUUAAGCAACCGCUGCAGACAUCUGUUGCUAUCGACACGCUUGAAUUUGAGGAUUUCUCUGUCGAGGAAAGGCUGCAUAUUGCAAUUUCCGUGAAAGAUUUCAAGGCUAUUGUUAUGCACGCUGAUACGAUCAGCACCAGUGUCUCAGCACGCUAUUCUCUACCCAGCAGGCCACUUCAAAUUACCUACGAAGGCGACGGUAUGCUUUGCAAGUAUACAUUGAUGACGAUUGGAGAUUAUCGAGCUAGUUCUACUACUCCUGCACCGGCGCUAUCCGCAGAUGGCCGGCUUCUCACUAGAGAUGGAUCAAGAAUGGCUUCCGUGCCAGUCGGCGCACAUUCAGCAUCAAGCAUGCCACCUCCUCAGCGUCCAGCUUCACAUAAGUAUGCCUCCGAGAGUUUCACGCAAAGGACACCUCGGCCCUCACCUCCACCUCCGAAGGCGAGUCUUGAUCCUGAAAGUUUGUUUGUACCACAAGACGAGGACGCAGAAUGGGACGACUAUCAACGGGUAGACCAAAGUGAGGACGUUCUUGGCUGGGAUGCUAGCGGCGAUCAUCACGGCGUUGCCAUGCACUUCAGCAACGACGAGCGUGGCACCAAUGAAUCAUCUCAAAACCCUCCUAACGACAGUUCGACCAUGAGGAUAGCCCCAACCCAGAGAUUAUCAGAAGUUCGCGGAUUGUUCGACUGA